ACACAAUUCAGUCCAGCUCGGAUCGGGUGUCCCCUUGCUGCCCUGCUGCGUCUCCUCCGGUAGAUCUUGUGUGUGAACCGCCAUCCAUUGCGUUUUCCAUGGACAAGUCCCGUGUGAGUGGACCCAGCUCGGCUUGCGCACACACGCUGCAUUUCUCCAGCCAUGAAACGACCAGACUCGUCCGAGUCCCCCGCCGCCGAACAGGGCGCAGGCCCCCAGAAGAGGUCGAGGAGCAGGACCGGGUGUCGCUGCUGCAAGAAGUCCAAGGUCAAGUGUGACGAGGCCAGACCCGUGUGCGGCAACUGCCUCCGCAGCGGCAAGAGCUGCGACUACUCGCUGAAGCUAACGUGGGGCGGAAGACCCUACAAGGUGCCCCGGGUGGAGAAGCUGAACCCCAUCGCAAGCCUGUCGAGGUCGCAAUUGGCAGCCGGCGCUGGCGGCAGCGGCAUUGCGCCCGCUGCGGCAAAAGCAGUCAAGGCCUCGUGCUCCCCGGCCCCGGAGAACACGCUUCAGCUGCCGCAGCCCCCCCGCUCCAGCAGACAGGCGGAGCCGGCAGCCCUCAAGCCGCCGUCCUUGAACCCCUCCGAGAACUUGAGCUUCCUCUUGAAGAUGUCGGACCCCACGCUGAACAUCCCGGGCCUCCUCCGCAAGGAACCCGUCAGCCGCACCCUCAGGCCGCCGCUGCAGGCCGCAAAACCGGCUCCACCUGCAGCCGCCUUCCAGUCGCUGGAAGAGUCCUACACAGACACACCUGUCAAGAAAGGACCGUCUCCAUCCACCAGCGAACCAUCCGAAAGCGAAAAGGUGUCAAGCGACAUUCAGAUCAAGAAAGAGCCGUCUUCCUCCACCUUGGAACCAUCUCCUUUAGCAAGCGAAAAGGUGUCAGGCAACAUCCAGAUCAAAAAAGAACCGUCUCCUUUCUCAAGGGAACCAUCUCCUUUCGCAAGCGAAAAGGUGUCAAGCAACAUCCAGAACCUAAAUACCAAGCUAGGCUCCUUGUUCGAUGAGAAGCUAACCCAACUUUCCCCUUGGUCUUUCCUCGAAGAAAUAGACAAAUCAGUGAGCUGCUCCUUUCCGGACCUACCACCUGAGCUGCAAUAUGCAGGCGAUCCUCGUGUAACAGAGUCGGAAAAUGCGUUCUCUUUGAACUCCCAGCUCCUGCUGAACUCCGAAGUCAACUUGAUGAGCAACGACUUCAGCAGCGCAUCGGACCUCAUGGAAAAUCUGACCAACAAUUUCACCAAGACCCAAGAACUACCCGAACAACCCUUGCAUACCUUUUUCUCGGUGCCUAUGAUCAGCGGAUUUAGGACACCUCCCCGUAAUCAUUACGAUGAAGAAACCGGUCUGCUUGCCAUUUCCCCGUCACCGGCUUCCACCUCUUCUUCGAUAUCAGAGAUCAUGGAGCCAAUCCCUAGAGGCCUCCUGCCAUUACCAGAUAUGCUUCUGAACGCCCCAUAUUUUUACGACUCCUUCCUUUUCUUCACAAAUUUAACGUCCUCAAUUCUAACACCAGCAGACUCAAGUGUCUACAUCAACAACCCUUUCAAAAAGGUUCUCCCGAAACUCGCUAUGACAAACAAUGGGUUGAUGUCUUUGAUUGUUGCCUUCGGCUCUGCCCACAAAAGCCUCUUACUGAAAAAAGAUUCGACAAAAAUAGUCGACUCUCUAUUAGGUAGAGCUUUAUCCGACUUAUUAGUAUUGCUCAAUAACAAGGAAACGUGUACAUCAGAUCUCACUUUGACAUUAGUCAUGUUUUUCUCCUCCUUCCUAGCAUUCAACUACAAAAGCGAUAAAUGGAAAGUCCAUAUGAAUGGUGCAAAGCAGAUCUUCUUGAUGCGAGGAUACAACAGACCUUUUGAUAAAAUUCUUUCAGAUUACAAAACUGAUGGUUCGUUAAUUAGCGGGGAAAUCAAAAAAUCCAAAUUACUUUAUUUUUUAAUAAGAUGGUUUGCUUACCUCGACAUCUUCACCAACUUAUCGUCGCCACUAGAGCCUACUGAAGAUGAGAUCAAGAAAUACUGCGCCAAUAGUCCCUCCUAUCUAGACUCGUUAUCCCCCAUGUCAGACUCUUUCUCUUCUCCAAACUCUUUUUCAUCUUCUUUCAGUAUAAUGGAUGCUAAUAACAAUGGCAGAGCGCCUUCUAAUGAUAUACCCCAGAACAAUGAUGAUCUCGACGCUUCAAACACUGACCCAGACGAUCAGAUAGACUACGAGGUCGCUGAGACGGAGGAUGGUUUGAUGAAAGAUGAGUCGCACCAAGAUAUCGAUUACAUGCUUGGUUUCAAAAUCAAAUUCUUACCAAUCUUUUCUCAGUUGGCGAAACUAAUUAAACGGGUCAACUUAAUCAAAAGAUCAAACGAGAGAAUGAAUAUUGCCUCCAAAGCCUCAAGCAUUGGACUUUCUCCAUCUAUAAUUGAAUCUGCAAUAAACAUCCAAACCAAAUUCCAAAAAUUGAAGUACACAGUUUAUGAGACUACGGAGACAAAAAGAGCAAAAUCGCUCAAUGCAGUGGUUGCUUCAAAUCAUUGCUUCCUAUUGAUGGGGAUGAUCCAGUUGUAUAGAAGGGUGCUACUGAUGCCAAGAAAUUCCAAAAUCAUACAGGAGAUGUGUCUCGGGAUAUUGGACGCAAUGACAAAACAUAUAGAUACCCAGCAGCCAAAUUCUUUGGGUUUGAUCUUGCCUUUGUUCAUUGCAGGAUGUGAAUGUCAAAAUGUGAAUUUGCAACCACUAUUCAUCAAAAAGCUACACGAUUUUCAGGAAAAAGGAUCCGUGUCUGCAGAAUCUGGAAUCGAAAUAAUGGCUAAAUGUUGGCGGACAGGCAGAGAUUGGAACGAAAUAAUGAUGGAAUACGACAGAAAUGUUGUUUUUUUGUAAAAAAUACUUUGAAAAAGAAACCAGAAAUCUUUACUAUAUAGUGUACACUCCAUUAAUAAGAAAUUAAAAUUGAGAUAACAAAAAAAGAAUUAAUCUUAGUCAUCAUCUUCUUCUAUAUACAUUAAAGCAGGCCUUCUUCCACUUCUUGAAUUCUUCAUU